GCAAAACGAUUCCCGGAAGCAAAAGCAUUCCUAUUUGCGGGAAAUUAGAAUGUUUGUGAUGUAUAAUUAACAGAGUUUGCUUCCAUAUAAUCGCUGACAACAAGUUCACAGGUUAAAGCUGAACGUAAAAAAGGUGGACAGAUUAAAACAUGGCACUGUUCCGGAUGUUUCCCAUGACAUCACCAUGGAUGACACCAGCCAACAAUGACCUUGACCUGAUCAAGAAGAUGGCCCAAGAUAAGCCCGCAGGAGUAAUUGUUACUGGACCUUCAACCGUGGGUAAGACGAGCCUGCUGUUUCAAUGUGCUGUAACACAUGCCACUGAAAACCUGACCGUGACCUUCAUCUGCCGCCACCCACUGUCCCGCCUGCCCCUCCCGGUGCAUGGGAUGCCCACCCCAGACCCUUCUGUGCUGCAGUCUGUCAAGUUUUUAUACCUUUCUGAUGCGAGUGAGCUGAUUGGCUGGUGUGCAAACAUACACAUGACAAGUUGUCUCCCGGAUGUGGUCAUUAUAGACGAUAUUGACAUGUAUGCCAGUGAUAUGAAGAAACAUGGCGUGGAACACGACACUGCCACAGUGCUGGCGAUGGUGGUAGAUGCUGCUGCAUACAUCCGACAGAAAACUAGAUCCUGCAGUCUGGUGAUGUCAGCUGGGAAUGGCGUCAAGGCUGUCCACUCCUUGGCCACACAGUUCCACCUGUCUGUCAACCAUGUUCAAGCCUGCAAAGACUCUCCAAUGGAUUUUUUGUUGAGCACCCCAGUGACGGAUGGAGCAAAGCUGUGUGUCACCUACACCAUGGACAGUUCUGUCAUCAGAGUUCGACACCUGCAGCUUGAGACACCUGCUGGAACAUCUGACUGAGACUGUGACACCUACACCAUGGACAGUUCUGUCAUCAGAGUUAGACACCUGCAGCUUGAGACACCUGCUGGAACAUCUGACUGAGACUGUGACACCUACACCAUGGACAGUUCUGUCAUCAGGGCUAGACACCUGCAGCUUGAGACACCUGCUGGAACAUCUGACUGAGACUGUGACACCUACACCAUGGACAGUUCUGUCAUCAGAGUUAGACACCUGCAGCUUGAGACACCUGCUGGAACAUCUGACUGAGACUGUGACACCUACACCAUGGACAGUUCUGUCAUCAGAGUUAGACACCUGCAGCUUGAGACACCUGCUGGAACAUCUGACUGAGACUGUGAC